UAACCAUUGAGGAUGAGAAAAUCACCAAGAAAACAAAAUCACAAGAACAUGGCAGCAUCGAAAAGAGUUGCUUAUAUAGGCUUAGUCAUCACUACAGCAUAACACAAAUUGAACCAAACUCCGUAUCUUUCACCCUCCCCCACUCUCCAAACCUAUCUCAACCGCAAAACCUUUUUUUUAUAUUAUUCUAUGGUGUCAAUUACGUUUGGUAGAAUGUAGUAGGAAAAAAGACAGAGAAAAAUGGACCCACAUCACAUCAUAGUAGAUACACCACAGUGGCGUUGAAUUAAUAUUCACCCGUUUCUUAUUACUUUUGGAUUUGGCUAUAUUUGCGUAGGAUCAAAGUAGUUCUUUCAACUUUUCACUCUUUGCACUCAUAAAAAGCUAAUUCUGGAAUCACAGACACAUUCACUGUUACAUGACACAUAUGUUUAUAUAGAGAGAGAGAAAGUUCUAACCAUGUUACUAUGUGGUUGACUAUGUAUUAAUGUGAAUCAGAUAAUGCAUUUUUUGAAUUUAAAAAACUGGGAUUCUUCUGAUUCCUAAUCUUUUCCUGGUAGAUUUUGAGAUAAGGUUUUCCUACCUACAGAAAAGAAGAUUACAUGGGUUGGCUUACCAAGUUGCUAAAGGGUUCCAACCAUAAAUAUUCGGGACGAACAUACGAAGGGAAGUAUGGACAUGACAGAGAUUCGAGUAAUCACGAUGGUUCUGUGGAUGAUUUGACUGAUAUUGAGAGAGAGGAAAUUGAUCGUGCAAUUGCGCUUUCCCUUUCGGAGGAAGAUUAUAAAGGGAAAAAAGUUGUAGAGGAUGACUCUGAAUCUGAAUCUGAAGAUGAUGAACUGUGUCCACUUGAUGACGAAGAAGAAGACCAUGUUGGUGAUGUUAAGCAAGACGAAGAUGACCAUGUUGGUGAUGUUAAGCAAGAAGAAGAUGACCAUAUAGCUAAAAUUCAACAGGACGAAGACACGAGUCUCGAUGAAGUUCAACUUGAGGAAGAUGAACAACUUGCGAGGGCUAUUCAAGAAAGUUUGAGCAUUGGUUCACCUGCUCGAUCUCACACCGAUUCUAUAUUUCAACCUUUUACAAACCUCUUUCCACCUGUAUACAGAAUCUGUGCUGGCUGCAACGCCGAGAUUGGCCAUGGAAGAUUUUUGAGUUGCAUGGGAGCUGUUUGGCAUCCAGAAUGUUUUUGUUGCCAUGCUUGCAAACUUCCAAUCACUGAUUAUGAGUAUUCCAUGUCUGGAAAUCGCCCUUACCAUAAAUUGUGCUAUAAGGAGCUGCAUCACCCAAGGUGUGAUGUUUGCAAGAUCUUUAUCCCACAAAAUUCAGCUGGACUCAUUGAGUAUAGAGCGCAUCCUUUCUGGCUGCAAAAAUAUUGUCCAUCGCACGAGCGUGAUGGCACUCCUCGUUGUUGUAGCUGUCAGAGAAUGGAGUCAACGGACACAAAAUAUCUGUUGCUUGAUGAUGGUCGAAAGCUGUGCCUUGAAUGUCUUGAUUCGGCUAUUAUGGAUACUCACGAAUGCCAACCACUCUAUCUUGAAAUACAAGAAUUUUAUGAAGGUUUGCAUAUGAAAAUAGAGCAGCAAAUUCCUAUGCUUUUGGUUGAGAGACAAGCGCUGAAUGAAGCCAUGGAAGGGGAAAAGAAUGGUCAUCACCACUUACCUGAAACUCGAGGACUUUGCUUGUCAGAAGAGCAAACUAUUCCCACUAUUUUAAGGAGGCCGAGUAUAGGAGCAGGUUACCGUGUCAUAGAUAUGAUAACCGAGCCUUUUAGGCUGAUACGUCGGUGCGAAGUGACAGCGAUUCUUGUAUUGUAUGGCCUUCCUAGGUUACUGACAGGAUCAAUCCUAGCUCAUGAAAUGAUGCAUGCUUGGCUUAGACUUAAAGGCUAUGGCAAUCUUAGGCCAGAAGUUGAAGAAGGAAUAUGCCAAGUCUUAGCUCACAUGUGGUUAGAUUCAGAGAUCUAUUCCGGCUCCGGAAGCGAAGAAGCAUCAUCAUCAUCUUCAUCUUCGUCGUCUUCAUCAUCACCUUCCUCGACUUCAUCAAAGAAGGGUAAACGGUCGGAUUUUGAAAAGGAACUCGGUAAAUUUUUUAAACACCAGAUCGAGUCAGAUAGCUCACCGGCCUAUGGAGAUGGAUUCAGAGAGGGUAACCAGGCAGUUCUUAAGUACGGACUUAGAAGAACCCUCGAUCAUAUCCGAAUCACCGGAAGUUUUCCGUAAAGAAAUGGUGAUAUAAAUAUUAUUUUCUUACCUUUACAUCAACCAUAAGAUUUGAGCAUUGUCACAUAAACUAAAUCCAUAAACUAUAUAGGAACCAAAUAUUUCAAAAUUGUAUAAUUUCACCAAACUCCACACAAAAUAAGGAUUGAAAAUGCAAGUGAUAGUGUAAAGUUACUGUAAUCUAUACCUAAAUAUUGGCAGUUUGGCACCUCAUGCUACAUAUGUAUCACAAAAUACCUUAUAGAAGUUGAAAACAAAACAGUUGAUGCAAUUAUAGAUAUACAAUAAAGAACCAAUUUUGUAUA